AUGUCGAUCGCUUGCUUGCAACAAGGGUGUGCACUGGCACCGACAAUGCGGGAGCGAUAUUAUAGCGUGGAGAAGAUAUUGUACCCGAUCAUUGCGGUAAUUGGAGUACCUGUGAAUUUAAUCGCGAUCGUCAUCCUAUCGCGGGGAAAAUGCGGUCUCUCCACCUGCACGACUCGCUACCUGGUGGCCAUGGCAGCAGCGGAUCUGAUAGUCAUUGUCGCUGAAGUCAUAUUACGUCAGAUCCACUCUUACUACUUCCCGGUGAAUUUCCUGGACCUCACCGCCGUGUGCAUUCUACGCCGUCUGCUACGCCGUGUCUCCACGGACUGUUCCGUUUGGUUCACCGUCACAUUCACCUUCGACCGCUAUGUCGCUAUUUGUUGCCAGAAGCUGAAAACAAAAUAUUGCACCCGGCAAACAGCGGCUGCAGUUCUCGCAACCAUCGGCGUUACGUUCUGUCUGAAAAACGUCCCAUUCGCCUUCCCAUUUCGGGCGGGACAGAUAAUCGACAACGUAUCGUGGUUCUGUUACUAUAAACCAAGUUAUUUCAUAGAGCCUGGAUGGGUGGGAUUGGACAGUUUCGACAGAAUUUUAACUCCCAUACUCCCUUUCGUUGUAAUCCUGCUUCUCAACGCUCUGACAGUCCGCCACAUUGUAGUAACCAGUCGGGUCCGUAAAGAACUCAGGGGGCAGUCCAAGGGGGAUAACGGCAGUGACCCAGAGAUGGAGAGCAGGCGGAGGUCAAUGGUUUUGCUUCUCACGCUAUCCGGCAGCUUCAUCCUCCUGUGGCUGACUAACGUUGUAGAUUUUUUCUAUUAUCAGUUCGUAAAAUCGUAUAACGAUUAUAACGAUUAUGAAGACAUUUUUCACGAAGUUGGUUCUUUGUUAAAGAAUCUUAGCUGCUGCACGAACACUAUUAUUUACGCUGUCACCCAGUCCAAGUUUAGGGAACAGAUGAUAAGCGCUGUAAAAUAUCCUGUCACCUCGUUGUUUCGGUUCAUCAAUAAAGUCGUGUCCUAA